CAACCUCAGUCCAGUUUCACUUGCGUUCUCACUAAAUUUCCAGCCAACAACAUAUUAUCUUGUUCAGUAACUACAGCAUCCGCAAGCAUCAAGAUUGAGCUUUUGCUACGUAAAUGAAUUCCGACCAACAAAACAAAAACCAAUACGAGUCUCUACAUUCCCUGCUCUCCAAUAUCCGAAUUGAGAUCCUCACCUGAAAGGGGUUGAGAAGACAGUGACCAAGUGGUCGCUAUAUCAAACAUUCCCUCUCUGGAACUUAUCAAAUACAAUAAGGAGAAAGCAUUGUUGUUCAACCAAAGUACCCAUUUGCCUCAUCUCAGCUGGAUAGCAAAGUCUGCACAGCCACAUCUAAAGCAUCUCCUCCCAGCAUCAACAUACUAUCUCAUCACCACUCACAAUGCCGCCUCGCAAGUCCAGCUCGCGAAAGAGCGACACUUCAACUGCACGAUUUGUCCCGAUGGACGAUGUGUCCCCCGUAGAGCAAAGUCCAGCACCCGCACCGACACAUACCAACGAUCCCGUGGCCACACAAGUACCUGCACCAGCAUCCCCAGCUGCCAAUGAGACUGCUGCUGCGGAAGCUGAAGGGGACUCUUCCAUGACCCAGAAUGGAGACAAGAAGGAUAAGGACAAGGAUAAGGAGCAUAAGGAGCAUAAGGAGCACAUUACCAUCGAGGACCUGACCCUUCCAAAGUCUAUAAUAACGCGCUUGUCUAAGGGCGUUCUACCCCCCAACACACAGAUCCAGGCCAAUGCCAUCAUGGCUCUAAGCCAGAGCACCACAGUGUUCAUCAACUACCUAGCGUCUCACGCCAAUGAAAACACCGUGAACGCCGGUAAAAAGACAAUCUCUCCUGCAGAUGUCUUCAAGGCCCUUGAGGAGACCGAGUUUGCGUUCCUCAGAGAACCUCUUGAAGCUGAAUUUGCCAAGUUCAACGCUAUCCAGACUGAAAAGCGCACAUCUUACCGGCAAAAAGUCCGUGCUAAAAAGUCAGACGGAGCAGACACUGACAUGCCAGACACCUCCAACAUGGAGACCGACGCAGACACGACAGCUGUCUCAACAGGCCCCCUAACCAAGCGCCCUCGUGUAGAACCUGGAAACGCUGAGGCGGAGGAGGAUGCCGUAACGGAGGAUGAGGUUGAGAUCCCCGAAGAUUCGGAAGACGAUGAAGUCGAGGAAGAAGACGAGGAGGAGGGAGAAGCCAGUGGCGAUGAUACCCAGGAUGCCCUUGAGCUUAAGGAAGGAAAAGAGGAAAGAGAUGAGGCUUUGGAUGGGGAUGAGAGUGAUUGAAAAUUGUGCCUAGUCAUUGGCCCUGCGGGCUGGAUGAGCGACUCUGGUGUUCAUAGCGUCACUGUAACACAAUCUAUCGACAUGCUAU